AACAAACUUAUUUUCUCAAAAGUGCUAAAAGACUAACCAACAUUUUCCUCAUCCUAACCAGUCAAAGAUAAUUAUUUGUGUUUCAAAGUAAAAAUUCAAUUGUUUUAAUAUGGAAUCAGUUGUAUUUCUUUUACCAUCACUAAUGUUUACUUUAAUUACUUUUGAUUUGACCCUUGCUGACCAAUGUCCACCUGGAAAAGCAAUAGAAGCUGAUGUUUGUGCUUCUAAAUUGUUUGUCGUUGGUAACAGGGAAUCGCGAAUGCCCCAAACAAUCAGUGAAAUGGACAAAUAUUGCUCAUCUGUUCGAAAAGCAGGUAAAUGUCUAAAAUCAUAUUCGAGCCAAUGUCUUCUACCUUUACCGAAACAAAUAUCAUCGGUCCUAAAUCGAGCUGUCGAAACCAAUGUCAAUAGGAUUUGCAACACUCAAGAGGGAAGACAAGAAUUCAUUCGUCGAUUCUCAUGUGUCAACAAGAAUAUCAAUGCUCUACACCAAUGUAUGGACAAAUAUAUCGACAAUCUCGAGAGGAUCAAAGGUGCUGAUUCGAGGAAUAAAAUUGCAAUGACUUGUUGUUACUCUUCAUUUUUCAGAGCUUGUAUGGAGAAGGGUAUUGAAGGUAUUUGCCCCCCAGACUCUGAUGAAUACAUACAUGAGUUGAUCAUUAACUAUACUCGUGAAGUAUUGGAAACACUUUGUGGACAAUGGACUGGCCCUGGGGCUAAAGAACGUUGUGCCACAAUCCCCACCCUGCCUAAGAGAGACUCAAGAUCUUCCAAAAGCAUGACCCCUUAUAAUCCGAUUAUGGACAUUUUUGCAAAUCUGUGAAAGCCUUUCAACGCUCAUUAUGGUCAAUUUUUUUCUCUCAACUUCUCCUUCAUCAUUUUUCCUCAUCCCCUCAUCUUCCUUCUUACCAGAGAAAAACAUCAUUACUCUUUGUUCCUUUUCUACACUUGAGUAUCUACCUGUGUAUCUACUACCUGGUGGUCAUUUUAGCUUUUAUGAAGAUCUCUCUCUCUCUCUUUCUUUCUUUCUCUCCUUUUUAGAUUCUACUGACCAACAAAAAGCCAAAUCUUUCUCAUAAUUGUAUCUUAAUCUUCUACAAUUUUCUAUCCACUCCCUCCUCAUUUUCUCAUCCUCAUCCUUAUUCUCUCUUCCCUUUUUCUUAAUUAGCUAAACUAAAUUUUUCUUCUUGUAAGGGAGAAGUUAAAAGCUAUUUCUUAUCCUCUUUCUUACUCCAGAGGCUUCAGAUCAUCGAAUGAAAAUUCAACUGAUGAUAAAAGUUCAGUUGGCAAUAGAACUUGACUCCAGAAUUUGAUGUUAAUCAUGAUACAAUUACACAAAAAUAUCAACUGAUGGAGAUUAACAGUUAACGCUUAUGAUACUAAUAAUAUUACAUGGAGACAUUUAGUUAUUUCAAAAUGUGAAAUAAAUUGAAUCAGAUUCAUUAGAUUAAGUUUUGUUCAACUCUCUUAAUUAAUCUUUGAUUUUUAAAGUAAAAACUAUUAAAUUUCGCGGAAUUUAAAACUUAGGGGUCGCCAGAGUCUCGAUUGAUUUUCCUUUUAAAUUUACCAAUUGUUUUCUCGUUAAUUAAAAGUCUAAUCAAUGAUUAUUAAUGGAAUUUGAUUAAUUUAUUGUUCUCAACCUUUUGAUCUUUAGUAUUUACUCUCAAUUUGUUUUCUUUUUCUAUUUGUUUUAAUUAGCGAAAUCUUAACAAGUGAAACUGGAUUCUCUUCGGGACCAAGUUAACCAGGGGAAGAUGAGGCCAAUUCCUGUUGGUGGUAAUAAGCCCGGAGGCUCAAAUUCUGCAAGUGUUGUGGUUGAUGAAAUGUUUCCAGAGGGUGGACAGUACAUGGAUUUUGAUGACACUUCGGGUACCGUUAUGAUGGACCUUACAUCUAAUGAUAAACUUGUUCAUACCGAUUUUUAUAAUGAUUUUGAAGACAUUUUCGAUGAGGAAAAUCUUGAUUAGAUAUCUAUACUUCAUAGUAUUAAAUUGAGAUUCACCUUUUCCUUUACUGUAAAGUGUAAUCAAUCUUGAGAUUAUUGAAACUUUUCAAUUACCAGGAUGUUUUACAACAUUAAAUCAUCAAGAUAUGUUACAUGGUUUCACUAAAAUUGCUAUUAACUAAUUUCUAUGAUCUGAAAAAACAUCGAAUAUAAUAAAUUAUCAAUCAAAAGUCAAAAGUGACUUUUUUAUACUUUAAA